AUGGAGCUUAACCCAGAUUUCCUGGCCAUAGCAGCAGCGCUUGAUGCCGAGCGCGCCGCAGGGCGUGUCAGAGGUCCACUCCACGGCAUCCCCUUCCUCGUCAAGGACAACAUGGCCACCAAGGACCACAUGGAGACCACAGCCGGCAGCUUGGCGCUUCUCGGCUCCGUUGUGCCACGAGAUGCUCACGUAGUAAGACUCUUGCGCCAAGCGGGUGCUGUUCUGUUCGGCAAGGCAACGCUGAGCGAGUGGGCCGAUAUGCGCAGCAACAACUACUCGAUAGGCUACUCCGCACGGGGCGGCCAGGCGAGGAGUCCGUACAACCUCACUUUAAAUCCUGGUGGAAGUAGCUCCGGUAGCGCGGCUGCUGUUGCGGCGAACGUUGCUAUGUUUACACUGGGUACGGAGACGGAUGGAAGCGUCAUCCAGCCCGCGGAGAGAAACGGUGUAGUUGGGAUUAAACCCACUGUAGGCCUGACCUCGAGAGCUGGAGUUGUUCCUGAGAGCGUCCAUCAGGACACUGUCGGUCCCUUCGCACGCACGGUACGCGAUGCCACAUACGUGCUAGAUGCCAUCUACGGUGUAGAUCCGCGUGACAACUACACUCUUGCUCAAGAGGGACAAACUCCCACUGGCGGAUACGUCCAGUUUCUCACAAACAGAGAAGCAUUACGGGGUGCCACAUUCGGCCUGCCCUGGGAAAGCUUCUGGGUUCGUGCAGAUGCAGAGCAACAAGCAAUCCUUCUCGAUUUGAUCGAUUUGAUACGCGAAGCUGGCGCGACGAUAAUCAAUGGGACGGAGCUUCCAAAUUAUGAGCUGAUGGUCAGCCCAACCGGCUGGAACUGGGAUUGGGGUAGCACUCGCGGUUAUCCAAAUGAGUCUGAGUACACCGUUGUCAAAGUCGACUUCUACAACAAUAUCCGCGACUACUUAGCGGAGCUCGACAAUACCGACAUCCGGUCUCUCGAGGAUAUAAUAGCAUACAACUAUGCGAACGACGGUACCGAAGGCGGCCAUCCCUGGCCCUUCGGCCAUCCUGCUUUCUACUCCGGUCAAGACGGCCUUCUCGCAUCCUUAGAGUCACGAGGCAUCAUGGACGAAACUUACUAUCAAGCUCUCGAGUUCUGCCAGACCCAGAGUCGAGAGCUCGGCAUCGAUGCGGCGCUGAAUUACAACGGCACUCAAUUGUCUGGGCUGCUAGUUCCAUCAAACGUCGGCCAGACGUUCCAGAUAGCGGCACAGGCGGGUUACCCGAUGAUCACUGUGCCAGCGGGGGUUCAUCCGAGCACUGGCAUGCCGUUUGGGCUGGCGCUGAUGGACACGGCAUGGAGUGAGGCUAAUCUGGUGAAGUGGGCGAGUGCGAUUGAAGACCUGCAGCUCAGCUCUGGUACGCAGAACAAGCGGUUCUUGCCGAAGUGGCAUGAAUACUUGGAGAGGAACGUUCCUAUCAGGUAUCUCUGA